AUGAAGUUCCGGUAUGCCAUGGUGUGUUCGUCGAACCAGAACUGGAGCAUGGUGGCUCGCUCACUCCUUAAGCGACAAGGCUUCUACGUCGAUUUGUACGGCACCGAAGCCUACGUCAAGCUCCCUGGAAAAUCUCUAAGACCAUCUCCAAACAUCUACGACUUUGGCACUCCUUACAAGCAGAUGUUCGACCAUGUCCGGCGAAAAGACCCCGAACUGUAUACGCGUAAUGGUAUCUUGCCUAUGCUUAAAAGAGACUCGGGAGUCAAACUGGCACAUCAGCGGUGGCAGGACAAUGCUGCCGACAGUUCCUUUGAUGUGGUGAUAACAUUCGAAGAAAAGGUUUUUGACAUGGUUGUUGAAGAUCUCAACAACUGGGACCAUGUUCUUAGGAAGUGUGUACUGAUACUCAACUUGGAGGUAAAAGAUAACCACGAGGAGGCGGCUGUAGGAGCUCGUCUUGCUUUCGAUCUUUGCCCGGAGAUUGAAGCGGAUGAAUCGUGGGAGGAAGCAAUUGAUGACAUUGUGUCCGGUUUUGAGAAGCAGCAGCGGCAGAAGUUAAUGUAUACCAUCUCAUUUUAUUGAAACGGCACUAAUGGCAUGUUAGGGAGAUUUCCACCAGCGAAGUCCAAUUGUUGGUGAUAAGUACCGUACGGCUACUCAUGACGUGUCGACCUACUAAAAGAGUAGUAACUCAAUGUAUAAACUUAGUGCUCGUUUGGAUGUGCUUUUAAAAUAGCUGAAAUCGCUUUUACAUAAGAUGUUUUUGGGUUCCAAAAGCACUUGAAGUGCUUUCGGUAAGAAGUACCAGUUAUAUACUUCUUUCAUGAAGCACUUUUAAAUAUUUUUUUAAGAUUUACUUGUAUUUUUAAUAAAAAUUAAUUCAAAAAUAUUUUUAAUCA